AAAUGAGAAGACGCACAAAAAUGGCACCACGUAAGGGUAAGGAGAAGAAGGAAGAGCAGGUCAUCAGCUUGGGACCGCAGGCUGCUGAAGGGGAAAACGUGUUUGGUGACUGCCAUAUCUUCGCUUCCUUCAAUGACACUUUUGUCCAUGUAAUUGAUCUCUGUGACAAGGAACCCAUCUGCCGAGUAACUGGUGGUAUGAAGGUGAAGGCCAACAGAGAUGAGCCUUUGCCCUAUGCUGCUAUGUUGGCAGCCCAGGAUGUCGCCCAGUGGUGCAAGGAGCUGGGCAUCACUGCCCUUCACAUCAAGCUGCGAGCUACAUGUGGAAAUAGGACCAAGAUUCCUGGACCUUGUGCACAGUCAGCCCUCAGAGCUCUCACUCGUUCUGGAAUGAAGAUUGGGCACAUUGAUUAUAUCACCCCCAUCCCCUCUGACAGCACUCGCAGAAAGGGUGGUCACCUGGGUCAUCGACUGUAAACUGUGGCUGGCUUU